AUGAUUAGGUUGCCAAAAUGUCAGGGGAAGAAGGAAUGAGGGAAUGUAGAGGUUUUGGUCAGGAGGGGGGAAGAGAGUUGUUUUGAACAGGAUUUUGGAGCUUGAAGGCAAUGUGCAGUGGAGAUGUACUCAACAGAAACUACUCAACCAAUCCCCACCAUCUCCGAUAUAGAUAUCCUACUUGAACAAGCAACUUUUUGCCUCCAAAAAAUAGCUAAUUUCAAGCUGAAAUAUAACCUGGAACAUCUAUGGGCAAACCUUAGCCACAAGCACAACGAAUUCACUCUUAAAACUGAAGAAUUAGGUCGAAAAUUGGAAGUUAUUAAAAUAAAAGGGAAUUACGAAAAACUCGGCUGUCUGCUGGAAGAGUGAAAAGAGCUUCUUUCAGAGAUCUUUAGCUCUGAUAUUAUGAGACAGUAUGCAAAGCAAGCUCUCUUAAGAGAACUAUAUGAUCAGAAAGCAAAUCAAGGAAUCAAUUUGAGGGCCAAAAAUGAUGCUCAGAAAACUAAAAUUGACCAAUUUCAUGAUAAAAUCUCUAAAGUUGAUCUACACAAGCUUAAACAAGAAUUUGAGCAAUUAGAUGGACACUCUGAUGAAGCUAAAGGAGGUCUUGAAGCAAUUGAACAAAACAAGCAAAGCUUUGAAGCAUCUAUCCAAGCUUUAGUUCAGCAAAAUACAGAGAUUGGCAAUGAAAUCAGUCUAAAAGAGCAAGAAAUGAGAGAAUUCAGUGAGAAAUUAGAUUCUUUCAGAGAAGAAGAACUCAAAUUAAUCGAGCAAUCACAUAAAAUUUUAACAGAACACAGGAAACUCAAAGAGUAUAUAUUUUACUGAAAAUAAACCCCUCAGCUAUCAUGAACUGGGAGAUAUCUUAGAAAACUUUGAAACUGGAUCUAGAUUUGACCAGAAUGAAAACAGCAGUCUCCAGUUAAACUUGAGAGACCCUAAUCACGAGAAGAUCCUUCAGAGCAUUGCAGGCAAGAAGCUUCCAAAAAUGAGUUAUGUAGGACUUCAUGAGAUCAUAAGAACUUCUGAUUCUAGUGUUAUCACUAAAUUCCUGCAAGACUCUGUUUCAAAGGAUAUCUUCGAAUUUCACCUUGACUUUGGCUGCUUGAUCCCUGGUCUCAUAGCAGAGCACCUUGGUGCUCUGCAGAGAUCACUUCCAAGGCUAUCGAAAUGGGUGAGCUUUGAGAAGCUCCAUCUCAAGCAGAGCCAAUUUGAAGCUCUGGUAGUUGCCUCUAGAAACUGCGAGAGGAUCAGCUUCAACAAGUGCCGGAUAGAGAUAGAGCAAAGCUGAGAUUUUGGAAACAGGCUAGAUAAUUGUGCUAUCGAGGAAUUUAGGUUCAACGAGACAGCAAAUGAAGGGUACUCUAGGUUUGGAGAGGAAGGAUAUCGAAAGUUGAAAUGGUUUGUUAAUGGGCUUUCUAAAGUCAGAAUAUUGAAGGAAAGAACAGUUAAAUUUGAGUUUGAGGACAGUCAAAUGGAUAGUGAGAGAGUAGAGCACGUGUUUAUUGAAGCUGGAAUGAAUAAAGUAUGGCUUGGUACGACAUAA